AACCGUGGAUCACACCGAACCAAAUGGACUCAGGUUUACAUGAUUUGAAUGGAACUGGAAAUUAAAAUACAUAUGGAAGGGUAUACGUAAGGUUUCAGCUGGAACAAUGUGACAAUUUGAUGUGUACAUUUUAACUUAAACUUUGCUUUUAAUCUCUUAUGCAUAAUUUGUCCAUUGAGUAGAAACCGCAAACAUUCUAAGUAAAUAAGGCUUUUUUCUAAGAGGUAUUAUGGUGCUGUGAGCUCUUCUUAGUGUUAAUCUAUUUUGCCUCUUACUCAUUUUUAAAGUAAAAAGAGGUUGUUCAGUUCUUGCAGACCCCCCUCAGGCUUGCAGGGCACGUUUUUAGCAGAGGUAUUAAAUCGAGAGGCUUUUUGAACUCUGUGACAUGCAAUAAUUAACAUGCAUUAGGCUCCUUAUUAUUAUGGUGCCAAAUGACGGAGAAAGGGUGAGUUGAAAUACCACACUGGAGUGAAGUCCAUUUCUUCCCAAAGAAGCGCAUUAAUCCCUUUUGAACACGGUGCAGCUGAUGCAAAUGAAGGAAAUAACUUUGUGACAUAGUAACUACUGCCCUCAUUAAUGUAGACUGAUGUGGCACAUACAGCUCAAGUACAAAACAAGAAAUUAUGUUGUACAAGAAUGAAAUCAAUAAUAAUAAUAAAUAAUCACAAUAAUCAGUGUCGCACAGUGUGUGACAUAGCUGGCCAAGAGCAUUUCACUCUUUGUCUGCUGUAAAACUGGAUAGGUAACCUAGAUCCUUCUACAUCUUACUUUAGGUUGGUACAGGGCCAGCUCUUAAAAACUGUAAAAACAAGUUCAACCCCUAGAUGUCAGAAAUGAGCAGACCUAUUUGUCCACACAUUCAAAUAAGAAACGAGGAGUUGGAUUUCAAAGACCAAUUUAAAUCAUACCUUGAUUCUAAUGAAAGUGCUAUUAUACAUUAAAAUAUUAUUCAGUUUAAUGCAAUAACAUGAAUGUAUUGCUAAUUAUUUUAUGCUUAACAUUUUUAUAUAGAUGUCUUUUUUCGUCCUGUCUUUCUCUUACUGUUCUUAAGAUUCCUCUUUAGUCCAUAUUUCACUGUGUAAUGUUGAAAGAUGCAAAUCUGAUGUUUUGUGUUGUGUUUUAAAGAGUCCUGAAUGCCAAAUUAAUAACCUAUGGAUUUUUUUCUUGCUUGUUUGUUUUACAGCUCCAGUAUGCAUUGGUUUAUAAGAAACUUAUGAGCUCUUAGUAGAGUAAAGGGGUUUUAAAUAAUAAAUAUGGAGGUAUCAUAGCCUGUGACUGUGAUAAGAUUCAGGUCAAAUUUGAAGUUGCUACUGUCAGAUAAGUAUGUUCACAAAUUAAAACAAAUGUUCUUAAAUUAAUUUCAGUCUGUUUAUUAAUUCCAAUUACUGUAAUUGCUUAUAGAUUUUUUUUUCUUUUUCCUUAUUUGGCAAAACUGUGUGAUUAAGUCCUAACCAUAUGUUUUUUAACACAUUUAACCCAAAUAUGCUAAAGCAUUGUGAUUAUUUGCGCAGAUCACAGUAAUGAACAGAUUUCUAACAAGAUUGUGUUUUGAGAAUAUAAGGUUUAGUCACAACAGUAACAUAAUGUAUCACUGAUAUGCAGCCAUUGUAAGCUACCCAGCACAAAAGCUUCAGUUAUCCUAGUGAAUGUAAAUGUAACACAUGGUUGAUCGUGUUCCCUAAGGGAGCACUGGUGACACUUCUGCCCGUUGCACUAUGGCAGCUUGGACACAUGGCUCACACGUGGACCCUUCCACACUGCCCCUAUAAAAUUUCACUGCAAUCUCUUUAUGAAAUAAUGCAUAUUUGUUGCAAAGGCUGAGUGAUGAGGUUUUGGGGUGUGGGGGGUGUUGACCCAUUGACAAUGAAUGAAAGAUACAAACAUUUUCAAAUAAUACAACAAAAAAAGCAUUAAACAAACAGGAACAUCUAAUAAACAAAUUUCCUAUUUUCAGCAUUCAGGUGCAUUCAUGUGAGUGGCUUGUGCUCAUUUAUUUCUUUAAAAUAUACCAUCUAAUAUUUUCAGGCUAAGUAUUAUGUUACGUAAAUUUAUCCUCACUGCUUCCAAGUGAAAAUGACACUCAAAGAACUGCCUGUUUCUGGUGUUUAAGAAAGAACCAGUACCUCAUUACACACACACAUACACACAAACACAAACCCCUGUGCGUGUUGCCUGUGGUCAUUUCCACCAUCUGACCCUUCCCUGAUUCGCAGAGUUUUGCAGUGCCGCUUCCCUCACCCCACCCCCAUUCCGGUUUUCCUCAUGAAGAUCAAUGAAAUGUCCUUGGGAUGUCCAGAACCUCCAAGCAGAGAGUGACCAGCCUCCACAGCCCUUAAUCCAACUCACAAUAAUGGGGGUCAAAGGGUCUCUCCCAGAGCCCUGUCAUUCAGUCAGGCAUCCCACUGCUUUAUUGGGCUGCUCGCAUCUGGAGUGUAAACCCCACCGAGAGGCUUCCUCCUCAGACACUAAAGCCACACCAACACCCCAUCCUGAGAGCCUGUAAAUGAGCUCAAAAGUCAAUUCUACAUGUGGUAGCUAUCUUUUAUGAAAGGGGCCAUCACUGUAGCAUUACAAAAAGAGGCAGAUCGACUUUGAGUUUUAAAUUUAAGGUUUUGAAUGCCAAAUAUUUUAUUAAUUUAUUCAGACAUUUGUGGAUGUAACUAAGUGAAUUCAAAAGAAUGAAACAGCAGAACACCAAAACAACAACAACAACAACAACAACAAAAUUGUAGGAUGAAUUUCAUCAGUUAUUUUAAAAGAGGUCAUUUCUAGAAUUGAGGAAGCUACUAAAAUAAACUUUGGUGGCCAUAAGAUAUCAACCAACCUACACUGACCCUAUAAAUGCCCGUAAGCUCAAAAUCAACUGACAGCAUCACCUUUACAAUUUACAAUGAAUUGUAAGACAACUAAUAUAGCCCAAUAUGGAACUAGUUAAUCUACUAGUUUAUUGGUUGAUGCCCUGCCCAACCCCCUCAUCACGUUUGCUUUGCCCCCGUGUGAUCAAGCGGAAGUGUGCUCAAAUCUCCCAGUAUUGAGGCAUUUGCUCGAUUAUGCGCUGCAAUUCACGUUACAUGGACGUAAUAUCAAGCGAAAUGCACGCAAAUUCACAUGGCAUCAACAUGCGUCCUUGAGAAGUGAACUCGAACUGAAACAAUACGGUUUUCAAUACUCUGUAGCGUUAGAGGAACAGACUGUGAUAUCGUCCUAUCGAAUAACCGAGUCAAGUCAAGGGAAGCCUCUGGAAAAACAACACUGAUAUUUUGAGAUGAAACGGUAGGUUGAAUUGUCCUCUCCUUUCUCCAAGAGAAACCUUAACUGUCCUAAGUUAAGUCGAGAAGGUGAUUUCAGGGGUGAGCGGGGUUUUUUUUGCUGUUUGAAGCGAGACUGUAAUGCAGUAAGAGGAUCCCACAGGAGCUGCUAGCUACAAGCUACAUGGGAUAUAGUUUGGCGAAUUAUUUAAAUACCUUGUGCGCUGCAUCACGCACCAACCCGAAAGUAAACCGAACAAAAUCGCAGAUGGAAGACUACGAAUAAAUAGAGCCUUCAUGGGAGACGAAGAAUUUUGUAUUUUGGACGAAAAAAACUGACGGCGUAUUGAACGUGUGGCCCCUUUAGUCAUGCGACGGUGGGGGAGGAUCGGAGCAGGGACCUCACAGCGGAUUUCAUGUUUCGCAAUAACGUUAAUACCCCACAUCGGAGGGCUAUAACGCUUUAAAAUGACAACGGUUUGUUGGUAAAUGGUUAGCACGCUCUGUUAUGCUUUUUUUUUUUAAGUAGAUGCUUCUAAUACCUUACGGAUUUAUUACAGGCAGCUAAUUAAGUUUAAGUUUAUGCCAAAUUUCAAGAACAAGAUUGGAAAAUCAGAUUUCUCGAUUCCCAUACUAGCUAGCUGGUUCUAUACGAUUUAUUAGGCUUUAAACAUCCACCACCAGUUACACAACUACAAGAACGGUAGGCCUUUCUGUUGGAGUCUAAUCAACAUUGUGUUGCCCUAACGCCUAACAAUCAAGGCAAAUCAACGCAUGUCUCUGCCAAUCUUACGUCUUAAAUUAUUUACUGAUCUGCGCUAGUCCAAAUGGCGUCAUUUCCAGAUUCCGAAUUGCAAACAUGUCCUCUGUGUAAGGAAUUGUGUGGCUCCUCUGCUCCGAUUUCCUCCAGUUCAUCUACCUCCUCGUCCUCCUCCCAAACAUCCAACUCAUCUACCUCAUCCACCAGAAGACUCCACGUCCUUCCGUGUCUGCACGCCUUCUGCAGGCAAUGUUUGGAGAGCCUAAGGAACAACGGUGAUCCUUUAAAACUUCGAUGCCCGACUUGCGACCAGAAAGUAUCGAUGACGGAAUCCGGGGUGGACGCUCUGCCGUCGACAAAUUUUUUGUUUAGCAACUUGUUGGACGUCGUGGUCUCCUCCGAGGAGCAGAGCAAAAAUAACUGUAGAGGAAACAACCCGCACGGUGGUCUUCUCCGACCGCACCACCUCGCAGACCCUCAGUGCAGCUCUUGCGACGAAGGCAACCCCGCUACCUCACACUGUCUGGACUGCCAGGAGUACCUGUGUGACAACUGCGUGCGAGCCCAUCAGCGUGUCCGCCUGACCAAAGACCAUUUUAUUGAGAGACUGAUGGAGAGCUUGCACCUGGCGAAUCGAACAAACAGCUCCAACACUCCGAUCAGCCUGUCCCAGUCGUUCCACAACUUCUCGCUGCUCCCUGUUUUCCAGGAUCGAGUGGACUACUGUCAACAACACGAUAACGCGGUGCUGCGCUUUUUCUGUGAGAGCUGCUCCAUGCCCAUCUGCAGGGAGUGCAGCGUGGGAAGACACGUGGGCCACAGUGUGUCCUACCUGCAGGACGUGCUGCAGGACUCACGGGCGCUCACCAUCCAACUACUCGCAGAUGCCCAGCAAGGCAGGCAGACCGUACAGCUGAGCAUUGAGAAAGCCCAAGCCAUCGCCGAGCAGGUGGAGCUGAAGGCCAAGGUGGUGCAGUCGGAGGUAAAAACCACCACGCUGCGCCAUAAAAAAGCCCUGGAGGAGCGCGAGUGUGAGCUACUGUGGAAGUUGGAGAAGAUCCGGCAAGUGAAGGCCAAGUCGCUUUACAUCCAGGUGGAGAAGCUCCACCAGAACCUCACCAAGCUGGACAGCACUAUUGCCACUGUGACGAAGGUGCUGGAGGAAGGCCGCAGCAUGGACAUCCUGCUAGCGCGCGAACACAUGCUGAAACAGCUGCAGGAGCUGAAGGCACUGCGCUGCGUCCUUCAGCCGCAGGAGGACGACCGCAUUAUGUUCACACCUCCGGACCAAGCACUGCUCAUCGCCAUCAAGUCCAUGGGGCUCAUCAGCAGUGGGGCCUUCGCGGCCGCCACUAAGGCCCACGGUGAAGGCCUGAAGAGGGCGCUGCAGGGGAAGCUGGCGUCCUUCACAGUGGUGGGCCACGACCACGACGGAGAGCCGCGGCUGUCCGGUGGUGAUGGCGUCUCUGCGGUGCUGAUGAGUCCGGACGGCAAUUUCUCCAGCGCAGACGUGUCUGACCAUCAAGACGGCACCUAUUCAGUCAGCUAUGUGCCCAAGAGCGAAGGGGAGCAUCUGCUCUCAGUGCUCAUUUCCAACCAGCACAUCGAGGGAAGCCCCUUCAAGGUCAUGGUCAAAUCCGGUCGCAGUUACAGUGGCAUUGGCUUGCCUGUGGCGUCCUUUGGUGGAGAGGGUGACGGCGAUGGACAGCUGUGCCGUCCCUGGGGCAUCUGCGUGGAUAAGGAAGGCUACGUGAUCGUGGCGGACCGCAGCAACAAUCGCAUCCAGAUCUUCAAGCCGUGUGGCACCUUCCACCACAAGUUUGGCACUUUGGGCUCACGGCCUGGCCAGUUUGACCGGCCCGCUGGGGUUGCCUGUGACAGCCAGAGAAGAAUCAUUGUGGCUGAUAAGGACAAUCACCGCAUCCAGAUCUUCACCUUUGACGGCCAGUUCCUGCUCAAGUUCGGCGAAAAGGGAACCAAAAAUGGGCAGUUCAACUACCCCUGGGAUGUGGCCGUCAACUCUGAGGGCAAGAUCCUCGUCUCGGAUACACGCAACCAUCGCGUGCAGCUGUUCGGGCCCGAUGGGGUGUUCCUCAACAAGUACGGCUUUGAAGGUGCUCUCUGGAAGCAUUUCGACUCUCCUCGAGGGGUCGCCUUCAAUCAGGAGGGCCAUCUAGUUGUGACUGAUUUUAACAAUCAUCGCCUGCUCGUCAUCAGGCCUGACUGCCAGUCAGCCCGCUUUCUCGGCUCAGAGGGAACAGGCAACGGGCAGUUCCUACGUCCGCAAGGCGUAGCCGUGGACCAAGAGGAUCGCGUUAUUGUGGCCGACUCCCGCAACCAUCGUAUUCAGGUGUUCGAACCCAAUGGCAACUUCUUAUGCAAGUUUGGGACUCAGGGUAGCGGCUUUGGGCAGAUGGACCGCCCGUCGGGUAUAGCCGUUACCCCCGACGGAAUGAUUGUAGCCGUUGACUUUGGAAACAACCGGAUCCUCAUGUUUUGAUGUUAUAUAAGGUUUAAAAAGUAUGAUGGCUGAGGGGAGGGGGGGGAGGAGGUUUUAGGAACACCCUGGUCAGGAGCGAACCAUGGCUGAAUGUUGGAAAAGUGGAAGUAGU